GAAGGGUGUAAUUUGUAAUUAUCUAUACAUAAUGAUGCUAAAUCAGGAGGAGUAAUUUGCAAUUCUUGGAGGGAAAAAAAAAGGCCGGGAGAAAUUUAAGGGGCCUGUUCUUGUGGCUGCCUUGCUUUGUUCAUCCGUCAUUCUCGAUGUUCGAACUCUGAAUCUGUAAAAAUUUUCUUAAUUUCUCCUCGUCCGGAAACUCCAAGAAUGGCGUCCGAUAAGAUCCACAGUGAAACGGAUCAUUUGGUGGAGCUUAUCGUCCGGGAUGAACCUCCGACAAUGUCCGACGCCAGUCAAAUUGUAAAGCCCAAGAUCAACAUCUUCACCAUUUCAUAUCCUCGAAGAAAACCUUCGGAGCAGGUGAAUAAACUCCAUGAAAGUGAUGCAUCUUCAAUAUCCCAAUCUAUUAUUUGGAUUUGGGGUGGAUCAAGAUAUUCUGGUCUACUGUGUGCUUCUCUGUCCUCCAUCUUUUACUUUGCCAUGGAAGUUCUGAUGGAUAUUUUUUCUGCUCAGUCUAUACCAAUUCUUGAAAUGGCUUUUUCAAGAUGUACAAUUAUUACAAUACUAUCGUAUUUGUGGUUGAGGAGGAACGACCAACCAAUGUUUGGACAGACACAUGUUAAUAAGCUUCUGGUUGCUCGUGCUCUAUCCGGACUUAUCUCAUUGAUGGGUUUUAUUUACAGCAUUCAAAGCCUGCCUUUGUCUCAGGCAAUUGUAUUGAGCUUUAUUACUCCAAUAUUGGCUUCAGUUAUGGCAAGGUUUAUUUUACACGAAAAGUUAAAAUUUUCAGACUUUGGGGGUCUUGCUUGCAGUUUUUUGGGUGUUCUACUACUAUUCCAAGAAAUAUUCACUAGUCAAGGUACCGAAGCAGGGUUAACUGAAGGCGAAAAAGGAAUCACAAUCCUGGGAAGUCAUCGUGUGUAUUCAUUAUUAAUUGGUCUUCUUACAUCAAUAGCUGGUGGAAUUAGCUUCUGCCUUAUAAGGGCUAGUGCAAAAGCAUCUGAUCAACCAGUGGUUACAGUUUUAUCUUUCGGCAUGCUGGCUUGUCCUGUCACUGGAAUAUGUUCAGUAGUCUUUGAGACUCUGGUGCUGCCAAAUCUUCGUUCAUUUAUAUUGAUGCUAGUUCUUGGUCUGCUUGCCUUCUUGGCCGAGGUUUGUUGGGCUCGGGGACUUCAACUCGAGAAAACAAGUAAAGUUUGCAACAUUAUUUUCAUGGAGGCUGCAUUGGUGCAAAUAUGGCAUUUUGGAAUACUACGAGUGGCACCUUACGGUCAAAUAUUUGGAAUCAUACUUAUCCUUAUCUCUCAGUGUUGGACUUUAUACGUUGGUCCUGAUACAGAAACUGAAUAAACUAUCCUAACCUAUUCUUCCAAUGGGGGCUCCAAUUUGUGCCUCUUGGUUUAUGGCUUUUCAUCCCACGUGAUUUUUUAGGCUGCAGAUGGAACCGCUUGUAUUUUGUAUUUAAAUUUUGAAAUUUAACAUAUUUUGUCAAAUAAAAUUUAAGUUUACUA